AUGGGCGCUCUACAAAUUCAAGAGCAAUUUCCUACCAUUAGCUCUCUUUUGGAUACCACUAAUAUAGAAAGAAUUAAUGCAUUAUUAAGAUUUUACGGAAUUAGUGAUCUCGGAUGUGACGUGAAGCACGUUAUUGAUAACGAAAAAUGGAAGAUUAUGAGUUACAACAGAGAUAUUUCAACAUUUGAUGAUAAUGAUGGUCCUGUCCGCUUCUAUAGAAACACUGCUGGUCAAAAAUCAGAAAUUAGACAAGCGUUGAAUGUCGAAGCAUUUUUGCAACUCGACGACGAGGCAAUCGCGGAACUUUGGAACCAUUAUGCAUUGGACAUUUCUCUGCCAGAAUCUCUGAUGUGA